UCGCACGUUUAUCGAACACGUAAGAGCAUGACUGCGAUUUUGUGACACAAAUAACAUGCAGGACUGACAUCAGUCGAAGAUCCACCACACAAUAAACAGCUUCAUUGGUUCGCAGAUUUCGUUGUGUACAGACAUUCAAUAGAAAGAAGAAUAAUGCGGGAGUUUGCAAACAGCUUACAUGCCGGGCUCUUGCCCUCGUUAAGGGACUGGCAUUACCUGUCGAUCCUCAGAUCCAAUGCCAGAUCACAUCAGACACACACGAGGGACAAGGGAUUGAUUGAGUACCGUGGGCUUUAUGCUCUCAACAGAUACCAUAUCAAAUGCCGGAAUAAAGCAUUGGCAGUGGCAACAGAAUCACCCAGAACGCUUGCCAUUGAAGUGCUGGACGUCAGCAAAAGCUUUCGGGACAAGCAGGUGCUCUCACACGCCAGCCUGACAGUUCCUCCUGGCACGUUCCACAUGCUGCUAGGCCCCAAUGGCUGCGGCAAAUCCACUCUGCUGCGCAUCCUGGGGGGCCUCAUGCCGCCUGACAGUGGCAGCUGCAGCCUUCAACGGCCUGCGGGGUUUGUGUUUCAGAACCCAGACCAUCAGGUGGUAAUGCCAACUGUUGGGGCCGAUGUGGCGUUUGGGCUGGGCAGGUUUGAUCUGCAAGACCGCAUGGUGAGAGAGCAUGUGCAGCGCAUGCUGCGCGCAGUCAACCUGGAGGGGUUCAUAGACAGGCAGACGCACAUGCUGUCCGGCGGGCAGAAGCAGAGGGUGGCCAUAGCUGGCGCGCUGGCGCAGUGCCCAAAGGUGUUGUUGCUGGAUGAGCUGACGACAUUCCUGGAUGGGGAGGACCAGCGAGGGGUCCUGGAAGCUGUGCGCAGCUGCGUGGGGGGCCCCGAUCAGGUGACGGCGCUGUGGGUGACUCAUCGGCUGGAAGAGCUGGAGUGGGCAGACAGCGUCAGCUACAUGGACCAAGGCCGCAUCCAAUUCACCGGCUCCCCCAAGGAAGCUUCCGAGUACUUGCGACGGUUGGGCGCGCAUGUGUGAAGUGUAUUCAUCAGUCUGGUCAGAGACAAAGGCCCCAGGCUGGGAUUCACAGCCUAUGCAAAUGUUCGUUGCAGAUCAUGCGAAUAUAAUUUGCCAUCCAUGGUGGCCACAGAUGUCUGCGCAGGGUUAUGACUUGACCACUGGUUGGCAACCCAAUGGUCCUCCUUGAUGGCCACAGGCGUGCAGUAAUAAACAUGAAGUUUUAGUUACCGUUUUUCAAGCACCUGCAGGGCCCCCCGGCUGAGAUUUGUCAUCCCUGAAAUCAAUGUUUGCACUGC